AAAGCCGGGGUAGUGGGUGCUUGCUAGGACAAAGGCGAGCUGGGACCGUGAGGGGGCUGUGACUGAAGAGUGAGUCAGUGACAGCUAGGCAAGUGUGAAGCCGGAGGCUACUGUGACCGAGGUACAAUGACAGCCAAGAGGACUGUGACCCAGGGGUGGCCGCUUGUGAGGGGUCUGCGAUCCCCGGAGCAGUAAAUGCGAGGGACUCUGACCUCGGAGAGCACGAGGCAGAGGCUGCGACGAGACCAUGACCGAUUAAAAGAAGAUGGAUGCACAGAGUUCAGCCAAAGUCAAUUCGAGGAAGAGGAGGAAAGAAGCACCUGGUCCUAACGGAGCAACAGAGGAAGAUGGGAUUCCUUCCAAAGUGCAGCGCUGUGCAGUUGGUUUACGGCAGCCAGCUCCUUUUUCUGAUGAAAUUGAAGUUGACUUUAGUAAGCCCUAUGUCAGGGUGACUAUGGAAGAAGCCUGCAGGGGAACUCCUUGUGAGCGACCUGUGAGAGUUUAUGCGGAUGGAAUAUUUGACUUAUUUCACUCUGGUCAUGCCCGGGCUCUGAUGCAGGCGAAGAACCUUUUCCCUAAUACAUAUCUAAUUGUGGGAGUCUGCAGUGAUGAGCUGACGCACAACUUCAAGGGCUUCACUGUGAUGAACGAGAAUGAGCGCUAUGAUGCGGUACAGCACUGCCGCUACGUGGACGAGGUGGUGCGGAACGCCCCCUGGACUCUGACGCCUGAGUUCCUGGCGGAGCACCGGAUUGAUUUUGUUGCCCAUGACGAUAUCCCCUACUCUUCUGCAGGGAGUGAGGAUGUGUACAAGCACAUCAAGGAAGCGGGCAUGUUUGCUCCCACACAGAGGACAGAAGGUAUCUCUACAUCAGACAUCAUCACCCGCAUAGUCCGUGACUAUGAUGUGUAUGCAAGACGGAACCUUCAGAGGGGCUACACUGCCAAGGAGCUCAAUGUCAGCUUUAUCAACGAGAAGAAAUACCACUUGCAAGAACGAGUUGAUAAAGUAAAGAAGAAAGUGAAAGAUGUGGAGGAAAAAUCCAAAGAGUUUGUGCAGAAGGUGGAGGAGAAGAGCAUUGACCUCAUCCAGAAGUGGGAGGAGAAGUCCCGAGAGUUCAUCGGAAGUUUCCUGGAAAUGUUCGGUCCAGAAGGAGCACUGAAGCACAUGCUGAAAGAGGGAAAAGGUCGGAUGCUGCAGGCCAUCAGUCCCAAGCAGAGUCCCAGCAGCAGCCCUACUCAUGAGCGCUCCCCCUCCCCCUCCUUCCGGUGGCCCUUCUCUGGCAAGACUUCCCCAUCUUCCUCCCCAGCAAGUCUCUCUAGGUGCAAGGCUGUGACCUGUGACAUCAGCGAGGAUGAAGAGGACUAACUUUUCAUCCCUGUUCCCUCUCUCUCCCCUGCCCGUCACCUCCAGAAGCUCUCUGUCGAAUUCCAUUUUGUGAUCCCAACACUAAACCUAAGGACAUCUACAAAGAAAAGACAAACGGGGCAAGAGGACCUGGGAAUGGGGAACCAAACAGCCUGUGCCCUGAGGCAUUCUCAGCCACCCCAAGGAGGCUGCCCACACCUUAGAAGCCCUCUCUGCAUCCAUCUCCCCUCCCCAGAACUUUGCUUUACUGUUUAUGCUCAUGUAAUCUUGACAGGGAAAUUGUCAUUUUUAUCAAUUUUUUUUUAAAAAGUAGUCUUUCAAAUAUAGUAAGUAGAACUAAUUUUUUGCCCCUGAGGAGUGGGCAGAAGAAGGAAGCGUGGAAUGCCCAGAGGCCUUUCUUCCUGAACACUAGUGCUUGCCUUCUGUUCUGAAGCAAAGUGGCCUGCCGGAUCCUUCUGGCAGUGAGCCGUGCUGAUGGGCAGUUGGGGGCUAUCAUAAUUUUAACUUCCCUAAAAAAAAAUCUCAAAGAGGAAUUAGCUCCAGGUUCCCUGAGUGUCCUGCCGGCCCAUGAGUCAGUGUGGCUGUGGGAGGGAAGAGAUCUGAGCCUAGCUUUUCUUACUCCCUGAGGAGUUUCUUGUUGGACCCAAUGGGGUCCAUGAAGACACUGAUGGGGAUGAAACCAAACCACAGAGCAUCAAUUGCAGUUUUUCUGCUGAGUUCAUCUUCUCAGAAAAUUCUGUUGCCCAAUUAUUUGGGAGCUUUUGUCAAUCUCUUUCCUGCACCCCACCUGUGAAGGAAGGGACACUUGGAGGGCUACUGUGAUUGGAGAGAGGAGCAGGGUAAACUCAGUCUAGUGCAAGGGCAGUUGAGGCUGUUUCUGCUGGCCAUGCGUCCCUCAGCCUGCAGCUGCUCUCAGCACAGCGCCCAGCCUUGUACAAGGAUGCUUUGUCCCUCAGCCUACAGCUUGCCCUUGGCCUGUUCGUUGUCCAUCUGCUUAUUGCCGUAUUCAGCACUUAGACUUCUGCAGAGCAUGCAGGCAAAAGCACCAGGAAACACUUGGAUCUCUGAAACACUCUGCUCAACCUCUGCUCGUCUUAGAAUAUUCUUGGGUCAGAUGAGUAUCUUUGCUCCAAGAGCUGCCCCAGGCAGGGCCUUCCUCCAGAAGCAACAGGCACGGGUUGAAACUGCUCGCACACAGAGGCCCAUGCCCUCGCAUCUGUGCCUGGUAGCCUCAAGAGGAAACAAUUUCCAAUGGAAGAGCACUGACUCUCAACACUUACUAUUGAACAGGAGCUGGUGUUUUUAGGCCCCGACAACUGUGUCACUACAUGGCCCAGAAAGUUCAUCACCAUCAGUUAUCCUGUAGCUGGAUUUAGGGCAGAGUUGUUUAUGUCCAGGACCUACUAGUUGUCACUCAUAAAUACCCCUUGUAGGGGUGGAGCUUUCAUGUUUUCAACAAAGAAAACCACAUUUUCUUUUUCCUUGUACCUCCUCAGUGGUCCAUGCUGGGACUAUGAGCAUUUUACAGACCUCCCUAGACACUCUGGUAGAAGCUGUGCUACUGCCUAAGGGUCUGAGGCUAGCACCACACAGUGCCUGCACAGCAGGACUGCCUAGGCUCCUAAACUAUCUCCCAGGCAAAGCUGAGCAGAGGAGAGGGGCAGAGAGGCACCACUGGUGCCCCCGUGGCCUGCCUAUGGAAAUGCUAUUGCUAACUCCUCAUGACAUGCUGCUCACUCAGAUCUGAUCCACAUGGCCUGGAAUCAUCUCUCUGAACCUGUCAAAAUUAGUCUUUCCUUACAUUGUGUGCUGCUGUGUGGCUCACUUAACUUUUCUACUUGAGUCUUCUCUUUGGGGAUCCGUUUUUCUCUGCCUUAGUCUCCCAGGUAUACAGAGGUGGCGAUGUCACUGUUGGCGCUCACCUGCUUGUUCCCUCAGUGCAUGUCACCCAGGCGUGCCCUGUGGAAAUGCAAAGGGAGCUGCUCACGUGCGCUUUCCCCCAUGUAGUCACUCAAGUAUACUGUCUGGGUCCCACACAUCAGAGCAUCUAUGCUGACAAGAUUUGUAACCCAGCUAGGACUAGCCUAGGCUCAUAUUCACCCUUUACUAUCUCCUAACACACAGACUCUCAGAUGCUUUAGACAUAAGCAAAAACUCUGGGUGUGGCUGCAUGGUAGGUUCUUGAGGAUCAAUGUGCUCCUCGGUGCUAGAAAAAGGUGCCGUUGAGAUAGUGCACUGUCAGCUGCUUGUAUCUAAUUAAAUGUGGGUAAGCUGUGUAAUGCUGUAUCUGUGACUAAUCCACACCUCUUGUGUAACCUGGGCUAUAGAGCUAUUUCCUCAAGUCUACAAGAGCAUCAGCAUGAAAGGGCGGGGAGAACCGUAAGUUGUUCGGCCUCACAGCCUCUGUGCCACAGGAGGAGGCUAAGGACAGGAGCCCUGUAACUGGUGUUGAAGAGGAGCCAGUGCGGCAGUUAACCUUGGCAUGGGCGGGAGACUGAAAAUAGAGGCUGCCACUUAGAGAUUGUAGAAAUGGAUCACCAGUGCCGUGACAGCCACUCCUGGGAGCUGAGAGACCCUUAUGUGAGGAAGGGGUGGAGUUGAGGAGGUUGAAAACCUGAUGAGAAAGAUUGAGAGAACUUUUCUGGUGCUCUUUCUCAGCCGCACCUUAGUUACUCUUGAGGCCACUCAUCUGACCAGUGCCCUAAGACAGCCUCCACAAAGGCUCUUCCCAGAGCUUUGUCACUGUCUCCAGCCCUUGUUCUCAUUCUGGAGCCUGUUGUCUUUGAAAUCUGUUCUUUAUCAACCUUCGAUCCUUUCCCAAAUCAAUUCUGUUUCUUGCUUUGGUUUAAUUCCCCUAAGCCAUACCUUUCUGUCAGCAUAGAUGUGUCAAAAUUGAACCCACACAGUUCAAAGAAAGCUUCCCUAACAAUGUGUUAAGACUAAUGGUAUUUUUUUUUAAAACAUACCAAUAUAAGUAUUUUUAAAGGUAUUUUUCAAAGUCAUAACAAUGAUUGUUUUCUCUCACAGAAUAGAUUAUCAUGGGAUAAAGAAUGGUCCCUAGCUUCUAUUUUUCAAAAUAAGUAGGACAUGUUCUUGGACUUAAACUAUUAAAAGUUAACUCUCCUAAAAGAAAAAAAUAUAUUCAGUGUGCCAGAACUUUUUGUCGGCAUGAGAUUGGGGUAGAGAACAGAAACGCCGGGAUUAACAUUUAGAUGACCCAGGGCGGGUUCACUAGGUUUGAAGUGAGCACCGUCCACCCUGUUGGAGAAACUGACUGUUCUGAACAGUUAGAGUUGAUUGGCUGGGUGUUUUGCACCAAGGCUCCAGAACAGAAAACACUGUUGGAAAGAGUCACCCAUGACAUUACCAAUGUCAAUGGGGAGAUUGCCUCCGAGUUCAGUGUAUCACGUUACUGUCUAAUACUUUGUGCAGAAUUGUUUUGGCUUUUGUCAUUUAGCCAAAUAAAGGCCAUGUGUUUUUGCCUGGUG